CUCCAUAAAAUUACCUUACGAGACCACCCCCAAAAACUGGCCAGGGAUAACUUACCUUGUACCGGUCCUCAACAGAAGAGUGAGUGGUACUGGUCUGAAUGGACCUUAUCAAUGAUAUUGGCUGGUACCCGACAUAUUCAGAGAUAUGCUCCACAAAAGGAAAAGCAUAUUCAGAGUCAUUCAGCUCAAACUAGUAUGAAGACUAUUUCUGAGGAAAUGAGCAAAAACUGGUUAACGUCUUGGGAAUUCCUGUAAGUAGAUAACGUAAUGUGUUCUCUAGGAAAUUACUAUUGUUCCUUACUGAAACUCUGCUGUGAAUCCUACAGCCAGUCAAAGAAGCUCCAUUGUCUCAUAAUCAAAUCCUUAACAGUCCCGGACAUUUUUCUAUACAACAAUCUCACAAGUGUGUACUCAAAAUUCAAUAAUUCAAAUUACGCGCGUCACGUGUUUGAUCAAAUUCCUAACCCAAAUAUCUACUCGUGGAACACCAUUCUCUCCACUUACUCCAAAUCUGGCCAGCUUUAUGAAAUGCAAGAAAUAUUUGAUAGAAUGCGAAGUCCUGAUGCAGUUUCAUGGAAUUCUGUUAUUUCAGGUCAUGCAAAUUAUGGGACGCUAGAGGAUUCAGUGAAUGCUUAUAGGUUGAUGUUAAAAUGUAGCUUUGUCAACUUGAGUCGAAUUACAUUCUCAACAAUGCUGAUCUUGGCUAUAAAACAUGCUUCCGUAACAUUGGGUAUGCAGGUUCAUGGACAUAUUUGGAAAUUUGGCUUUGUAUCAUAUGUAUUUGUAGGUAGUCCUUUAGUGGACUUUUACUCCAAAACUAGGCGAAUCAAUGAUGCAAAGCGUGUGUUUGAUGAACUUUCAGAUAGAAAUUCAGUAGUUUAUAACACAAUGAUAAGUGGGUUCUUUAGGUGUGGAAUGCCUGAAGAUUCCAAACAUUUGUUUCGUAAAAUGCCUGAAACAGAUUCAGUUUCAUGGACAGCUAUGGUUACUGGGCUUACCGAAAACGGAUUAGGGAGUGAAGCAGUUGAUAUUUUUAGAGAGAUGAUAUUGGAACGUUUCAUCAUUGAUCAGUUCACAUUUGGAAGUGUUUUGACUGCUCGUGGGGGUCUUUCGUCCUUAAAGCAAGGAAAGCAGAUCCAUGCUUUUAUAAUUAGGACAGGUUAUAAGGAUAAUAUAUUUGUGGGCAGUGCUCUAGUUGACAUGUAUUCUAAAUGCAGAAGCAUACAUUAUGCAGAAAAUGUUUUCAAGCAAAUGGCUCAUAAAAACAUUGUGUCUUGGACAGCUUUGAUUGUGGGUUAUGGUCAGAAUGGAUUAUCUGAAGAAGCCCUGAGGAUACUCUGCGAGAUGCAAAGGAACGGCAUUUACCCUGAUGAUUAUACUUUAGGAAGUGUGAUUAGUUCUUGUGCUAAUUUAGCAAGUGUAGAAGAAGGGGCAGAAUUUCAUGGUCAAGCUCUGGUUUCAGGUUUGAUUUCUUUUAUUACUGUUUCAAAUGCCCUAAUUACCUUGUAUGGCAAGUGUGGAAGUAUUGAAGGUUCGCACAAGUUAUUCAAUGAAAUGCAUGUCAAGGACGAAGUUUCAUGGGCUGCUUUGGUUUCAGCAUAUGCUCAGUUUGGAAAAGCCAAUGAAUCAAUUGAUUUAUUUGAGCAAAUGCUAGAAAAAGGCAUGAAACCCGACGGUGUUACCUUCAUUGGGGUCCUUUCGGCCUGCAGUAGAGCAGGACUAGUUGAUAAAGGAUAUCAGUAUUUCGAUUCCAUGGUUAAAGUGAAUGGAAUUAAACCAACUCUUGGUCAAUACAGUUGCAUGAUUGAUCUUCUCAGUCGUGCAGGAAAAUUAGAAGAAGCAAAAGAUUUUAUACACAAGAUGCCUUGUAGUCCUGAUUCAAUUGGCUGGUCAACCCUACUUAGCUCGUGCAGAUUUCACAAUAACCUGGAAAUUGGGAAAUGGGCUGCUGAUUGUCUUCUUGAGUUAGUCCCAGAAGACCCCGCCGGUUAUAUCUUGCUCUCUAGCAUUUAUGCGGCCAAUGGUAUGAGGGACGAAGUGUCUGGUUUAAGAAGAGUAAUGAGAGAUAAGGGCUUGAUAAAAACACCUGGUUAUAGUUGGAUCAAGUAUAAGAACAAGGUUCACGAAUUCUCAGCUGAUGAUCGAUCAAACCCGUUUUCAGAUAAGAUAUAUGCUGAACUGGAUAUACUGUAUACUAAAAUGAUCGAUAUUGGUUAUAAACCUGAUACGAACUCUAUCCUCCAUGAUGUUGAAGAAACAGAGAAGAUAAAGAUGCUUAAUCACCACAGUGAGAGGCUCGCAAUCGCGUUUGGAUUGAUCUUUAUACCUUCUGGCUUGCCCAUUCGAGUUACUAAGAAUCUCCGGGUAUGUGGAGACUGUCAUAAUGCAACGAAGUUCAUAUCGAAGAUCGUCCAGCGAGAGAUACUUGUAAGAGAUUCCACCCGGUACCAUUUGUUUAAAGAUGGUACUUGCUCAUGUGGAGAUUUCUGGUAAUGAAGUUGUUGGAACUCCAAACAGGUUGUUAUCUGUUUCUUUUCUUAACCUGAGGUCAUGAGGUGGAAAUUGGAAAGUACUUGAGGAAACAAAGUCUGGUUUCAUUUGGAGUCCUUAAAUGACAAAUCUUACUUGCUGUAUCUAUUCGUGGUUUAUACAGGUUCUAAGAAGUGUCAUUGCCGUCCUGUUUUUGUUGAAUUGGCUUUGGUUUCGUUUUGAUAUUACUACGGUUGCUUGAAUCUACUUUCGCCUUUCAGCUAAAAUGUUUUAUUGAUUUUA